AUGGCUUACUCAGAUCUAAAUAUAUCCAGCCGAGAAAGACAACUCGAAAGACUUAACACGGCAGACCAACAAAGGGCGACUCGGUUUUUUGCACCGUGGACAACUUGGGAAUCCCUUACUGUCAAUAUCUCCAAUAUCCCUCCAAAUGCGAAUACCUACAUACUCUGGCGAACCUUCAAGGACUAUGGUACUAUCGAAUGGGUUGAGAUAUUCGAAAACCAGAGAGGGAAGAAGGAAGGCAGAGGCAAAAUUCGCUUUCGACCACCGCCCAGAGAGGUUUUUUGCCCCCAAAAUGAGCAUAUUCUUAAAUUCGACGAUGGUCAGCAUUGUUUUCUCAAGUCCCAUAAAUCCAGAUACACAAUAUCCGGCAUCACUGGUGAACUUCCAAUUUCCAUAUCAUAUAUAGCAGCCAAACUAACAUUUGAGAAGGAAAUUCCAGUAACAGAGCUCGGUUUUGGGAGAUUGAUAGAGAGCGACGUGAUGCUUGCUCUGAGAUCAAUCAAGUCUAAUAUCAAGAGCCAGAUCCGCUUCACUGCCGAUUUUUUGCGGCGCGAAAUCACUGUAUUCUUUUACUUGCCUGCACUUGAUCAUAACUCGCUUUCUCGCAAUCAUCUUGAUAAUUAUCGACUUCGAAUUCCCUUUCUUCAUAUCUCCCGAGUGGUCAAAAUGUCAACAUCUCACAGUUCAUUACUUGUCAUUGUUCUGGCCUCGCCACCACUCUAUUAUAGGAAAUUAAAUAAUUUACUCUCAACAUUUUCUAACACUGAAAACAUAUGGAGAGAAUCGGACACAUGGUUCCGCCAGACUGACAUCCCCUAUGCACGGGAAGAGUUGAAGGGUGCUCCGUCAAGUCUCCGAAAAACCAACGCAAUGAUAAAUAUUGGGCGGUGGACUGCAUUCGUUCUCACGUUUCCCAAAACACAUACUCAUUCCCAAAAACUCGAGACUCUUGAAAAUAUAUGCAAAGACUUUAAUGUCCAGGUACAAGAGGGUUCAAGCUUUGAGAUCAAGAAUGAUCCUUCUAAAUCUACGGCAUGGAAAUGGAUUGACCCUGCGUUUAAUCACAGCAGGAAGCCCACCACUUCCCUGCAAGAUUUAGCGGAAGAAGACUACAUACCACUUCCAUUUCCUGUUCGAUACCAACUAGAAGUAUGCAUUUCCCAUGGCUUUUUAAGUGAAUAUACUAUAAGUAAAAGCUUUGUUGCUUCCCUUGCGAAGAAUGGCGAAAUUAAAGCAAGGGAGUUGUUGGAGCACGUGGCUAGUGAGAAACUUGUGUAUUAUGAUCCCAUGAAGAUCUUUGAUAUCCCCUUCGUCAAACCGGUAACUGGUCGCAAAAUCCCUAAGUAUUGUUGUUACAUGAGGACAGCACAAGUGACUCCCUCUACGAUUUACUUUGCGACGCCUUCCGUUGAUAUCUCAAAUCGGGUUAUUAGAAAAUACAUUGAAUAUUCUGAUCGCUUCCUUCGUGUUCGAUUUACAGAUGAAAAAUAUGAGGGGAGAAUAAAUGCCAGUUCGAAUAAUACUGUAGACGAGGUGUUUACACGCAUCAAGCGCACUAUGAUGAACGGAAUUACUCUUGGGGAUCGACAUUAUGAGUUUCUUGCAUUUGGGAACUCCCAAUUCCGUGAACAUGGUGCGUAUUUUUUUGCUUCGUCGGGGCAACUUACCGCAGCAAGUAUUCGCGCAUGGAUGGGACAUUUCAGCGAUAUAAGAGAGAUUGCUAGACAUGCUGCCCGCUUAGGACAGUGCUUCUCAACAACUAGGGCUGUUACUGGUUGCCCUGUGCAGAUUGUUGAGAUUGGAGACGUUGAGAGGAAUGGACAUACCUUUUCGGAUGGAGUUGGGAGAAUUUCAAAAUUCCUAGCGCAAAUGGUGAUGACGGAGUUUAAAAUUAGAACUCCGUGCGGAGAACCUCCCUCAGUCUUCCAAUUCAGGCUUGGUGGGUGUAAGGGAAUUUUGACCGUUUCCCCUGAAGCUCAACGUCGAGAAGUGCAUAUCCGGAAAAGCCAAUACAAAUUUCCUGCUAUACACAAUGGUCUGGAAGUCAUUCGACACUCACAAUAUUGUAUGGCGAGUUUGAACCGUCAGCUCAUUAUUGUACUAUCUGCUCUUCAAGUUCCAGACGGCGUAUUUAUCGAAAAACUCAACAUAAUGCUCGCAAAAAUUGAUUCUGCUUUGACUGACGAAAAAGAGGCUAUUCAUUUGCUUCAGAAAUACAUUGAUCCGAACCAAAUGACCCUUGUUUUAGCUGACAUGGUCCAAGAAGGAUUCCUAGCUUCAAAGGAGCCAUUUGUCACUUCUCUUCUAGAGUUGUGGCGGGCAUGGCAAAUCAAGUACCUCAAAGAAAAGACAAAAAUUGCAAUUGAAAAUGGGGCCUGUCUCUUUGGUUGCCUUGAUGAAACUGCAACCCUAAAGGGCUUCGAGAGCAGCAAGAUUCCUCCUGCAAAUGCCUCGUAUGAAGAAAAACUAAAGUGUCUCCCAGAGAUAUUUGUUCAGGUUUCUCGUGCUGAUGAAAAUGGAAGAUAUGAAAUCAUCGAAGGAAUUUGUAUAAUCGCUCGAAACCCUUCAUUACAUCCGGGAGAUAUUCGAGUUGUAAAAGCGGUUAAUGUCCCGGCCUUACAUCAUUUGAAAGAUGUUCUUGUUUUCCCACAGACAGGGGAUAAAGACCUUCCAAGCAUGUGCUCGGGUGGUGACUUGGACGGGGACGAUUAUUUGGUUAUUUGGGACCAGGACCUUUUACCAAAAGACUGGUUCAGACAACCGAUGGAUUAUGAACCAUCUAUGAAAUCUCACCACUUAUCCCGUGAUGUCACAGUGAACGAUAUAACUUCGUUUUUUGUGAUGUAUAUGAAAAAUGACCGUCUGCCCCAAAUUGCGCAUGCUCACCUUGCAUGGGCAGAUUACAUGGAAGAUGGUGUUGACCAUGAGAAGUGUAUCCAGCUCGCGGCACUACAUUCUGCCGCAGUUGAUUACAAUAAAACUGGUAUCCCGGCAACUAUGAAAAAGGACUUGAAUCCCCGAAAAUGGCCUCAUUUUAUGGAGAAAAAACACAAGCCAAAGAGCGCGCAAUAUACCUCACAAAAGAUACUUGGCCGUCUCUAUGAUUUAGUGGAGAGAGUCGACUAUAGACCAAAGCUGGAGGCUGCAUUCGACGAGAGGAUUCUGAAUAGCGGAAUUGAGACAAGCGAGCAGCACUUGAAAGACGCUUCAAAUCUGAAAGUACUGUAUGAUGCUAGUAUGCGCAGAGUCAUGGCGCAACAUGAUAUCAAGACAGAGUUCGAGGUGUGGUCAACCUUUGUGCUAAGCCAUGCGAAUAUGAGCAAGGACUAUAAAUUUCACGAAGAAAUGGGUCAAAUCUCCUCAGCGCUGCGAGACGAAUUCCGCACUCUUUGUUUUGAAAAAGCGGGCGGUAAAGAUUUCGAGUAUUUAGCACCAUUUGCAAUGGCAAUGUACAAAGUGACCUGCAACGAAAUGACAGAAGCGCUGACAAGACUCAGGCAAAAAUAUAGCGAAAAUAACGAUGGACGCCCAUUAUUGGCACGCGAAGAGAAACUUCCUUUAGUCAGUUUCCCGUGGUUAUUGCAACCUGUUCUCGGGAAAAUUGCAAGUCGGCAUUAUGAUCCCGCCUGUCUUGAGGAAAUUGGUUUGUGGACUGGCCGAUCCGUUUUGAGGAAACGCAGAGGAAGUGUCCUAGGCAACAGCACGCCUGGCAUGCGCGAUGUCGAAACAACAGGCGGAGUUCAACGUAGUGGAGAGGUGCUUGAGUUGUUUCACGAUACGGUUCAUGAUCCUUGGAGCGGUCUCGGUGAAAAAUUUGACAAAAAAGAAACGCCUCGCGCAGCCAUUAGGGAUGUCGCCCCUGAGAAGACUGUCAUUGUUCCAAAUAAUUCGAGCCAGCUUAUAGAUAUUGGCGAGGAAUCAUCUCCCGGGCAAUUGUCGGUUGAAAGUUCGUUCAGUUCGUACAUAGAUUUGAUGAACAUAACCGAUCAGUCAACCACAGGAACCUCUGUGUCUCCCGCAAACGAGUCUUCUAAAAGUGGCCUGUCGCGGAACAGUGUUAAAGUCCCGCUUGACCUACCAAAGGUUACCAUUGCGCUGGAAACUUUCGAGGAAAAUAGCGGGUCAAAUGAUAUUAUAGAGCGAGAGGGAGAUAUCAAACCGUCUGCAAUUGAUGAACUAGAAGCGUUGCUAGGAAUGUGA